CUCGUGUGUCCCCGCAGGGCGGCGCUGGCGCUGGCGGAGAGGGCGGCCCGCACGGUGCAGCGGGCCUGGUGGGGCUACCUGGCGCGGCGGCUGUUCCGGCUCCUCACCCGCGCCGUGCGGGCCGCGGAGUGUUGUGUUACACAUGAAAUUGUGAAAAGGGUGAGCCCUCUGGAAGCUGAACUUAUAAAAGAUCCUAGUAUGCAGUACAAAGUUAGAUUCAGAUUUGCAGGCCAUGAGUUUCCACCUUUCAUUGUUUUUAAGAUUUUUCGCCACACUGAAGGCCGAGGCAGCAAAUACAUCAGUGGGAAAAGAAUAAUAAGUCCAUUGAGUGAGGCAGCAGUUGAUGCUUGUAAACUGAUGGGAUGUCGAAGAUAUUAUGAGCAAAUGAUACAAGAUAAACUUCAGUACCAAAAACACAAGAUAACAGGUGAAAUAGAUGUUGCUACAGUGAAGGAUUACAUGCAAUAUGUUAGUAACCUGGAUGAGACCCCUGCACACUUUGGUGGUAGGGAAAACUACUGGAGAAAGUUAUCUCUGGAAAAUUUUCCCCGAACAAUGAUAAUGUAUGACAUAGUGGAGUAUGCACAGUCUGGGUCACUGUCUGACCGACUUAAGAAAGAACUGAAACUUCUGCUGUUGAAACCACAAAAUGAAGAGGUGCUGUAUGAACAACUCAUGUCCGUUUCUCAGGUCAGGCUCCCCUCACCAUGUAGUACUUCAGCAUCAGCCUCUUCAAUUAGAUCUUAUUGGACCUCUUCACUAGCCAAGACAUCAGGCCGUCGCUCUUCUCAAGCUCGACAGAAGAUUGCAAAAAUGAAGAAAGUUUACAUGCUUGAGAAGAAAAAAGAGGAGCAAAUACUGUGCGACACAAAUACAAGAUACUUAACUGAAGAUCAGGAAACGCCACCAUCACCAUCUGAAGACCUCAAAGAUCAACCUGUCUUGUUAGAUGAAGAAUGGGAACAUGAAGCAGCUACUUUGUAUGCCUGGUCCCAGGCUUUAUCUCUUGAAGAUAUUGGACUGUCUUCCUCUACAGCUACCUUAUGAAUGUAAAAUAUGGCUAAAAUAGUGGUGAAUAACUAUUGUCCUAAGCUAUUUUUUUUUCUAACUUGCUGUAAAUACAUUGUGAAGUUUGAUUGCAGCAAACAUGGGUUACAACAUACAUAUUUCUCUUUGGCUGUUCACAGAUUUAGAAUUUGAGCAAUGUACAGAUUAGUUGUCUGUCAACAUUUUAUAUUUUGUAUAAAAUACAAUAUACAGUUUUAAUUCAGUCUUGCUAGACUGCUGCCUAUUUCAGUCUUAUCAUACUUAGUUAAGUUUGAAGACAGAUUCUCAAAAUGGGAUUUAUUUUCAGCUUCUAUGCCUUCCUCCCACAAACAAAACUAAUCCCCUGAAAAUUCACAUGCAACAUCUCCUGGGUAAAACUUUUCAGGGAAGGUUGAAAAGAAAUUAGAAUAGUUUUAAAAUUAUAGGGUCUUUUUAUGAAAAUCUGGCAAAGUGAAGUAGCCUUAUAUGGGGACUCCAGCAGCACAGAAGACUUAUCAGCUGAUGGAAUAUCUAGGCACGUCUGUGCCAUAGCUUCUUAAUGCUAGAAUAAACAUGGACAAGGAAAAUUCAUAGACCUUUUUACCCUUAAAUCUGUUGGGUUGGGGGAGUUGCCAUAUUUUAAAAUGUAAUAUAUAAAAUUAACAGCAGACCAUUGUAGAAUAUAAUGGGGGAAAAACUAGAAGUCAAGAAAGUGAUGUACAUUUGGUUGUGAUUUUAUAAGCUGUAGAAUUUAUUUGGUUCUUGGUUAGGUAGGCACUACAGAGAUUAACUUAGAGAAGUUUCGUGGUUAGAAAAUUGAGUUUACUAGCAGUAGUUGGAUACAGUACUGAGCAAAAGCCCAUUUCAACUUCUUUCAAAAAUUGAUCAGUUUCAUAGUUUGUCAGAAUAUAGAUUGAUAAAAUCUGAAGCUGUACUUAGGUUGGUCACUAGAACCUGAAUAUUGCUUUAUCCUGGAUAAGGUGUCAGGAGGACAUUGAAGAAAAAGAUGGAGUCAUUGACAAUGAGAAAUGCAUCUU